CUUCUUCUUCUUCUUCUUCUUCUUCUUCUUCUUCUUCUUGUCCUUUGCUGUUGUUAACUGUUUGUUUGUCAUGGCUGAGCCAAGCAGGAUUUUCCCUCGCCCCCUGUUUCGACGGGACUGGAAUUGGAAUCGUUUUCUGGACUGGGCUCAGCCGAUUUGCAUUUUUGACCAAGAUUUCGGGAUGCCCCCUUUCCUGGAGGAGAACAACUUAUGCUGGGUGGACUGGGCGAGGAGACGUCUCUGUUACUCCUGGCCAGGGUACCUCCAAUCCCCCAACUGGGCCCUCUCUCUGGGGAAGCAGCAGGCAGUCUGCAGGCAGGGCCUCCAGAGGCAGCUGAGUGGGGGAAUGUCCGAGGUGAGAACUGGACCCGACAGCUGGAAGAUCAGCCUGGAUGUAAACCAUUUCACCCCUGAGGAAAUCACUAUCAAAGCCAAGGGGAACUAUGUGGAGAUAUCAGGAAAACACAAAGAAAGGCAGGAUGAACAUGGUUUAAUUUCAAGAUGCUUCACAAGGAAAUAUAAGCUUCCUAUUGGGGUGGCUCCCCAGGCCAUUGCCUCCUCACUCUCCCCUGAAGGGCUUCUCACACUGGAUGUCCCUCUCCUCAAGUCUGCUGUUGGGGUCCCGGUCGAGAUUGUCAUCCCUGUACAGGUGGUGAACAAGGCAGAACAGCCAUCCCCCAGCAACCACAAAGACCAGCCAGCCACCAUCGACCAGCAACACCAGCCAGGCCUCAGUGACCAGCCAGACCAGCCAUCCCCCAGUGACCAGGAAGAACAGCCAGCCCCCAGUGACCAGCAGGCUCCCCAGGCAGCGGAGCAAGAGGUCCAAGAGAAACAGGACGCAGAACAGCCUGAGGCGGUCAAGAGCCAGGCGGGGCAGUCCUGAUUAGAUUUCACACAGCCCAGCUGAGAUCAGUGUACAAUGCCCUGGGGUGUCGGUGCAGCCGUCUUUACACCAUGAUUGUUAACAUUUACAAAGCUUUGCUCUGAAUACUGAAAAUUAUGCAAUGUACUGCACUAGAGCCAAAGCUAUAAUACUGAUAAAUUGUCCCCAAGGGGCAUUUAGAGUUCAUUUCUUGUGUGCUUAGAUAGUCUAAAUCUUUACAAUAUUACCAUCAAUAUUAUAAACCUGUAGCUAUGUGACUACAUUCAUUAUUUACAAAUUAUUUUGAGAGUUUUUCUUUCAUGAUGCUUCACUGUGUUGUAUUUGAGGGCUUGCUCUGAUGCUUCAUUGUGUUGUAUUUGAAGGCUUGUUCUGAUGCUUCACUGUGUUGUAUUUGAAGGCUUUUUGAAGGCAAACACAGUUUGGAUGCCAGUAGUUCUUAUGAAAGCAAUUUUUAAACAGUAUUUGAUUAUAUGCUUGUCUGCUGUAUGUAUCAAAACAAGCCAUUUCGAUCAAUGCUAAUAACAUUUUAUAAAUCAUUCAAAUACAAAAGCCAAUUUUUUAUCUCUCAAAAACAUUAUAGCUUCCAAUACUUACUCAAUAUGGACUCAAUAUUGAAGAAACUAGGCAAAGCAAACCUAUAAAGAUAUUAAAUAAAGACAUUAUCACAGAACUGAGUCCAGUUCUAUAGGAAUGAGACUUGAGAAACAAUGCUGUCAAUAAAGACAUCGUCACAGAACUGAGUCCAGUUCUAUAACAGUGAGACUUGCGAGACAAUGCUGUCAUUAAAGACAUUUUCAUUGAGUCCAGUUCUGCAGGAGUGAGACUUGGGAGACAAUGCUGCCAAUGCCCAAUGAAUCUUGGAGUUUGUCAAGGUUUUUGCAGAAGAAUGCAGGAUAUAAAGUUAACACGAUGAUGUGCUAUUACUGUAAAACUAUACAUUAUUAUGCACCGUCAAGAAAUUACCUGAAUAUACAGGAUAGACCCACAUUCAGCCUAUUAACAUAGGCUUCCCAUUAACCACUGUUCACUGAGCGCAUAAGGUAUAACGUUUACAGAUUGCGAGGUUUAUAUUUAUGAGGUUUAGUGAUGGCCACAGGAACACCUUUUCAGUCCUUCAAAUCUCAGUUAACUAAGUUGUCAUUUUCAUGAAAAGUGUUUAGAAAUGUUUGAAGUGUGUUCUGCAAAGUAAAUCAAUCAUAUGCAUUGCCUUCGUAAAAGAUAGAACUGAAAUCACUGUCGGUUUUGUUGUACUGCCUAUAUGGGUAGCCUACAGUGCUAUUUUAACUCAAUAGUGGUGCCCAUAACUGUACUGCCAUGGUUAUCCGAGAUUUUAGUUGAGGGAUAGCAUGCCUUUCUGGUUCUUUUAAACUCAGUUCAUUGCAGUUUGAAUCUACAGUGUAUAUUUGUAGAUGGGAUAUUUUCCAAAUCACACAACAGGAGGCA